UCUGUAAUCAGUACGUACCCUGUUGCCGCUCCGUGAGCCGGGCAUGGGGCUUCCGGCACGUGGUGAUAAGAUAAGACUUUCGGAGCUGCGGGCGCCGGAAAGUACGAGAAAGUGCUCCUGGCGUCAUGAGACCUCUGGCGAAGCUUCCCGACCGAUUGAUAUUGCAGCUGUUUGCCCCUCGAAGUUGGAUUUCCUCCCUCUUUUGUUCCCAUCCCUAAUUCUCUCUCCUUUUUCCUAUGUAUAUGCUCCGAUCACCAACAUGCAGGCACGCAGACAAUUAAUUACGUCGGCCCAGCGACUUGCUGUCGCACCGACCCGAUCCCUCCGGCCACUUACACGACUCCUAGCGACGCAAACUGUCCGCCCGACAACAUUGCGAUUGAUCCCGAACCUUUCUAUCCGAACCUACGCAAAUGGACGACCUCACCCACCCGGUGGGACGCACCGGAUGGACAUGGGUGGCGGCGAAGAGGAGAAACCGGCUCUGGAGCAGUUUGGUAUCGACCUGACUGCAAGGGCAAAAGAUGGAAAGCUGGAUCCCGUGAUUGGAAGGGAUGCCGAGAUCCAGAGGACCAUUCAGAUUUUGUCACGCCGUACGAAAAAUAACCCUGUGCUGAUCGGUAACGCGGGAACAGGAAAGACGGCAAUUCUCGAAGGACUGGCGCUACGAAUCGUCCGUGGUGAUGUCCCCGAGAGUGUCAAAAACAAAAGGGUCAUCAGCUUGGACCUUGGGUCACUGAUUGCCGGUGCCAAGUUCCGAGGUGACUUCGAGGAGAGGUUGAAAAAGGUGCUCAGCGAAGUGGAGAAAGCAGAUGGUGAGGUCAUCCUGUUCAUCGAUGAACUUCACACCCUGCUCGGGCUGGGUAAGGCCGAAGGUUCCAUCGACGCCUCCAACCUUUUAAAGCCAGCUCUUGCUCGAGGAGAGCUUCAAUGCUGCGGCGCCACCACCCUUACAGAGUAUCGUCAAAUCGAGAAAGAUGUUGCGCUGGCCCGAAGAUUCCAGCCCAUUCUCGUUACCGAACCCAGUGUCGAGGAUACCAUUAGCAUUCUUCGAGGUAUCAAAGACAAGUACGAAGUUCACCAUGGCGUCCGGAUUGCGGACGGGGCUUUAGUGGCUUCCGCAACGCUCUCCAACCGCUACAUUACCGACCGCUUUCUGCCAGACAAGGCCAUCGAUCUGAUGGACGAGGCCGCCAGUCACCUAAAGCUCCAACACGAAUCCAAACCCGAGGACAUCAUGCGCCUUGACCAUAAGAUUAUGACCAUUCAGAUCGAACUUGAGAGCCUUCGAAAAGAAAGCGAUGUGGCAAGCAAGGAGCGAAGAGAGAAACUCGAGAAGGACCUCCAAAAGUGCGCUGACGAGAACGCCGAGUUGAAUGCUCGGUGGGAGAAGGAAAGAGCCGAGAUUGAAUCGGUCAAGACGGUCCAAGAAGACCUCGACAAGGCCAAGUUUGAGCUCGAACAGGCGCAAAGAGAAGGCAAAUUUGCCCGUGCGUCCGAGCUGAGGUUCGGUGUCAUCCCUACAUUGGAGCAGAAGCUUCCACAGGAGGGCGAAGCCAAAGAGUCCAGCGAUGAUGUUCUCAUCCAUGACUCCGUCACCGCUGAUGAUAUCGCUAACGUUGUCUCCCGAAUCACUGGUAUUCCCGUGACCAAGUUGACUUCUGGACACAUUGAGAAAUUGGUCCACAUGGAAGACAGUCUCCGCGUGGCCGUCAAAGGUCAGGACGAGGCCAUCAAGGCCGUCUCCAACGCGGUUCGCCUCCAGCGAGCUGGCUUGAGCGGCGACAACCGUCCCCUGGCGUCGUUCUUCUUCCUCGGCCCUACUGGCGUGGGCAAGACGGAGCUCUGCAAGAAGCUCGCCAACUUUCUCUUCUCGACCGAGUCCGCGGUGGUGCGUUUCGAUAUGUCAGAGUUUCAAGAGAAGCAUACCAUUUCCCGUCUCAUUGGAGCUCCCUCCGGCUACGUCGGUUACGACGAUGCUGGGCAGCUGACCGAGGCCGUCCGCCGCAAGCCAUAUGCGGUUCUGCUCUUUGAUGAAUUUGAGAAGGCGCACCGAGAUAUUUCGGCUCUACUGCUGCAGGUCCUUGACGAGGGUUAUCUGACCGAUGCCCAGGGCCACAAAGUCGACUUCAAGAACACCAUCAUUGUCCUGACUUCCAACCUUGGUGCCGAUAUCCUUGUCGGCCAAAACCACCUGCAGCCUUACAUUGAGACCCCGGAUGGCGACAUCGACCCUUCGGUCCGCAAGGCUGUCAUGGAUGUGGUCGCUUCUGCGUAUCCUCCCGAGUUCUUGAACCGCAUUGACUCCUUCAUCGUCUUUAAGCGCCUGGCCCUCAGCGCCAUCCGCGACAUUGUCGACAUCCGCCUCAAGGAGCUACAGCAGCGCCUCGAUGACAGACGCAUCGUGCUCUCUGUCCCCAACGACGUCAAAGACUGGCUUGCAGAACGCGGAUAUGACCCCAAGUUUGGUGCCCGCCCUCUCCAUCGACUCAUCACCAACGAGAUUAGCAACGGUCUCGCAGAUCAAAUCAUCAAGGGUGAUUUAAAGAUGGGUGAGACGGCCGAGGUAAAGAUCCGCGACGACAAAGAGGGUCUGGAUAUUUCCAUCAUCCCGAAGGCGUCUUGAGUUUUACAAGCAGCAUAUGAGUUUAUCGGUUAAUGAAUUAACGUGUACCAUACCCAAUGUAACAUUUUGUAUUUGCAGAGAUACUCUCCACUGGCACCAGAACAGUAUUUACUUGAUAUUAUCAAUAGAAUAGCUAAUUGCCUUUCCUCUCGAACACAUUGGCUCGUGAUUUCUAGGCUCCCCGUUGCUCAGAGUGUCAGCCGACCGCUUAUGACGGAUCCCGUCA